GAUUUCGACUUCCACUGCCACACUCCAAAGAAAAUGGCCUCCAUUGCUCUCAAAUCCUUUGUCGGACUCCGGCAAACCUCGCCGGAAAAUCCCCAUUUCGCAAUCCAAGGAAAACCCAUCAUCAACAUUCAACCCCACCACCAUCAACGCCGGCAGAGACUCCACAUAGUCGCCGGAAAAUUCAGCCCCAAAGUCACCGGCCGCAACCUCCGAGUGGCGGUGAUCGGAGGAGGACCUGCUGGGGGUGCGGCGGCGGAGACUCUGGCGAAAGGAGGAAUUGAGACGUUCCUGAUCGAGAGGAAGCUCGACAACUGCAAGCCCUGCGGUGGAGCCAUCCCUCUCUGCAUGGUCGGAGAGUUCGAUCUGCCGCUGGAUAUCAUCGACCGGAGGGUGACGAAGAUGAAGAUGAUAUCACCAUCGAAUGUAGCGGUCGAUAUCGGGCAGACGCUGAAACCCCACGAGUACAUCGGGAUGGUACGGCGCGAGGUCUUGGAUUCGUACCUGAGGGACCGGGCUAAGGAAAACGGAGCCACGGUGAUUAACGGGUUGUUCUUGAAGAUGGAUAGUCCGAAGGACGGAACGACACCGUAUGUGCUGCAUUACAAUGAGUACGACGGUAAAGUCGGUGGUACUGGGGAAAAGAGGACGCUCGAGGUCGAUGCUGUGAUUGGUGCCGAUGGAGCUAAUUCUAGAGUCGCCAAGUCCAUAGAUGCCGGUGACUACGAUUAUGCCAUUGCUUUUCAGGAAAGAAUCAGAAUCCCAGAUGAUAAAAUGGUGUACUAUGAGAACCUUGCCGAGAUGUAUGUCGGCGACGAUGUCUCGCCAGACUUUUAUGGGUGGGUUUUCCCGAAAUGUGACCAUGUAGCUGUUGGUACAGGCACGGUGACUCACAAAGGAGACAUUAAGAAGUUCCAAUUAGCAACCAGGAACAGAGCCAAGGACAAGAUUUUAGGCGGUAAAAUCAUAAGAGUGGAAGCACAUCCCAUCCCAGAACAUCCCCGGCCACGGAGGUUAAUGGGGAGGGUAGCCCUGGUCGGCGAUGCAGCCGGUUACGUGACGAAAUGCUCCGGCGAAGGGAUCUACUUUGCGGCGAAGAGUGGGAGGAUGUGUGCAGAGGCAAUAGUUGAAGGGUCAGAGAAUGGGAAGAGGUUGAUAGAUGAAGGGGAUUUAAGGAAGUACUUGGAGAAGUGGGAUAAGACUUACUGGCCAACUUACAAGGUUUUAGAUGUUCUUCAGAAGGUUUUUUACCGAUCGAAUCCGGCUAGAGAGGCAUUCGUGGAGAUGUGCGGCGACGAGUACGUGCAGAAGAUGACAUUUGAUAGCUAUUUGUAUAAGAGGGUGGCACCAGGGAAUCCAUGGGAGGACUUGAAGUUGGCUGUGAAUACCAUUGGGAGCUUGGUGAGGGCUAAUGCACUUAGGAGGGAAAUGGAGAAGAUAAGUGUAUGAUAAAAAUGACUAUAUAGUUUGUGAUUUUGUUGUUGUUUCCUUAGGAAUCAAGAGAUAUCAAACUUGCACUUAUGAAUCAGUUUCUACUAAUUCUAUAUAUAUAGAUAUAUGAUGGCCUUAUUUCA